CGCCGAAUCUCUUUUCCCCCGAGUUAAUCACGACAACUUCACACAAUGACGACCAGGAAACACAACGAAUUUCUAGAUGCGCCUAGCGAUGAUGAUGAUGAGGGCAGCCUCCGUGGCUACGAUUCUGAGGAGCAUGUGGCGGAGUCUAAAGGUCGGGCCGUGAAGAAGCGCCGGACAGAUACCCAAGAUUUCUUCGGUCUAGGGUCCGACGAGGAUUUAUCCGCAGACGAGGAAGACGAGGAAUCUCGAGCUGAUGUCAAAGGCAAGGUUCACAAGCAAUCAAAGACGAAGAAGCAAGACCCCUUAGGAGAGGAGGAGCAAGAGGAAGAGGAUCAAGAAGAGCACGAGGUUGAGGACGAAGAUGGAGGCGCAUACCUCGAAACCACAUCUGAAGACAAGCCAAAGUCCGCCAAAACCCUGUCUAAAAACUCAAUCAAAAAACCUAAGAAGGAUAAGACCGGCGUUGUUUACCUCUCUUCACUGCCACCAUACCUCAAACCCUUUGCGCUCAAGAACAUCAUGGAAAAACGUGGAUUCGGUCCAAUUAAAAAGGUCUUCUUCGCUCCUCUCGUUCCUACCAACUCCUCGAAACCGCAACGCAGUAACAAGCGCAAAAUUUACUCGGAGGGUUGGAUUGAAUUCGAAUCGAAGAAGACUGCACGUUUGGCGGCGGAAUCUAUGAAUGCUCGAACUCUUGGUGGUCCUAAGGGGAUGUAUUAUCGCGAUGAUGUUAUCAAUAUGCGAUACUUAUCUGGCUUCAAAUGGGCUGAUUUGAUGGAAACUGUGCAGCGCGAGAGAUCAGAGCGAGAAAGCAAACAGCGCAUGGCGGAUAUUCGAGCAAGGAAGGAAGAAAAGGUCUUCCUGGCCGGUGUCGAAGCAGGCCGUCGUCUGGACGGUAUCGCCCAAAAGAAUGAGGAGAAGAGGAAGCGCAAGGCCGAAGCAGAGGGCAAAACCGAUAUCGAGCCGAAGAUGCCGGCACAUGUACGGAGGCGUUUCGUGCAGAAUGAUGUUGUUUCGGCUUCCGAUAAGGAUGAAAAGGCUAUUGGGAAUGAGGCUAAGAGGGUGCUUGGGAAGAUCUUCUAAUGUCUUGCUUCCAACGAGUGCUUUAUUAUUCAGCGUAUAGAGAACCGCUUUCAUUCAUGCAUCCUAGUGGACUCGCUUCUCGUGAUGAUGUACUACCAAAAAUUAAGAAUUCGAUCCUCAACAAUAUAGGUUACCAACCAUCUAC